CGGGCUAUGAUGAGUAACUUGUGUGUUCCCGAUGAGGCACUCACAUUUAGGACAGCGACGAUCACUGUAUUGGAUGUGUUGGCCUCCUCCAACUGGUACGAUUAUGUUUCCGUGCUCGUCAUGUUGACCAAGAGACACGAUUUCAUCAUACCAACGGAGAUAUUGAAAACCAUUCUAUACUCCACCUUCGGGAAUAGGGAUUGGAAGGCAGCAGCUGUACCGUUGCUGGAAAUUAUUCCCAGCCCAGUUGCACAGCGUGCAGACAUGUUGGGAGUAAUUCAAAUGCUUGAAAAGUUUCAAAACAGCCGUACGAUGAUGAGGGAAAAUGUGGACCGCUCCUCUGGCCAGCAGUCGUAAAUUCAUCUCAAGGGUUGUCACUUCUUCAAAGAUAUGCAAUCCGGGACAUCUGCAUCUCCAGCUGUUUCUGACCCCCCGCUGCCCGUUGUAGCUGACAAACUGUCGUACCAGUUCUGUGGCGUCUGCGGAAUAAAAUAAAAC